AUAAUAAAAUAUUCAUAAUCAAUUUGUAAAUAUCAAUUUAACGUUGAAUAUGAUUGAAUGAAAUGAUAACAAAGACAUUGUAUUAUGUCAUUUAAGCGUUUUCACAUGAGACCGAAGUUCUUUUGUAUGAGUCCAACGUGUGGGACCGUGGAUACUCACUGCUGAGGAGUCUCAUACUGGGACGAAACAGAUGUCCAAUGCUUCCAGGUUUCCAAUGGUUGUCUAACAUUUAUCCGUUUAUGAUAUCAACUUAAAAUCAAUAAUUUUCACAACCGUAAACUGAUAAUUUAGAACUGUAAGUUGUUUUUUUUCGAGAUUUGUAAUAUCUGAAAAUAGUUUUCCUUAAAUAAUAAAUGAAAGUUGAUUAGAGAAAGAUCAUUCAAAAUCAAAGAUACAGUGAGCAAACUGUUUCACAUUAUUACUUUGAAUUGGAUAGUAUUUUUCACAUACGAUUCUAUAUACAAUCAAACUUUCCAAUUACAUUACAUCAUCCUAAGAUUAUAACAUUUUUACAUUGUUUUAUUCCAAAUCUAAUCAAUCACAUUACCAACUUGAAUUGAUUUAUGGUUAAUUAUGUAUAUUAUUUAUUGUACUAAAUAUUGCUUUACACAUAUGAACAAAUGUGUUCACACAAUAAUCAAUUCCUAUUUUACAUUAUGUUAGGUCAUUAGCUGAUACUACUGGAAAUACAAAUAACGACGAUAGUGAAGAGACCGAAUAUACAACUGGGAUUUUCGCAUUACUAAAUCAAAAUGCCAUAUGGCAUAAUGAACUGAGAAUUUGCUUUACUGCAGAUUUUCUGGAUCGUUAAAGAUAGAAUUGUUUAUCAAUUAUCAAAUCGUAAGUAUAUUGAACAAGGAUGGACUGCAGUGAAUCAUGUACAACAUAGUGACAAUGAUAAUAAUAAUGAAGAAUUGUUAUUAGUUAAUGAAGGCAAAUCAAUGCAUAUAAACUCAGAUGAAGUAAAACAUGAGUCGAUUGAAAUACAACUUGAUUUUAUACAACAUACAUAUUCGAAUGGUGAAGUAUUUUUACGAAAAUAUAACGACAAUACAGGAGUCAUAUUUUAUCCAACUGGUAAUCCAGCAAUCUUGUUUCUACCUAGCGAAAUGAACACUAAUAAUAAUGAGCCAGUUGGUCUACUAUUCAUUGUACAUGAUCUACUACAUCUGAAUAUGACAAAAGUUCGAAAAGAAGAUACAAAAAUAAAUCAUAAACAAAAGUCUAAUUCUUUUAAAGUGUUAAAUAAUAAUACCAGUAAAAUGAAUAAAUUGAUCAAUGUCGAUGUACAAUCAACUGUUGGCCAAUUAAUCGGUGUGUUCGAUAGCAAUAUUCAUGGGGUAGUUUAUGACAAGGAAAACAAUAUACGAUUACAGUAUAAUCAUAAUGAAGGUGUCUAUUUCAAGCAACUUUUGGAUAGAUACACAAGGAUAUGGAAAUGGUCUGGAGAAAAACAUGUGCAUGCACCACCUUUUCAACCAAUGUCAAUAAAAUUAAAUGAUAUUAUAACAUUGAAAAUUUAUCGAUUUAAUAAAAUCCAUCUACACUUCCAAACAAUGAAGAUUAUUUGCAAAUUAGAUCUCACAAGUAAACAGUUGAAAUUACAAUGGAUAAACACAGAACAGUAUAAGGAACCAAAAUAA